UUUGUACACCGACAGGUGGCUGUGUUGUGGCUGUGGAGAGUUUGCGUGUUGAAUCAACAAACGCGCGCGCGUGAGUUCCACGUGAUCCAACCUCGCCGCGUGCGUAUAAAGGACGCCGCCAAACAGGGCAUUCUUCCCAUCCGCCCCUUGCCUUCCGCACAUCCCACUCAGCAGUCAACCACUGCACACAAUCCAUUCCAGUUCUCCUACGCAAUGGCCCGAACCAAGCAGACUGGUGUGUUGUGUGCUGUCCUGCUUCCACUUGCACUGUGGCUGACCUCCCCUUUUCUCUCAGCUCGUAAAUCCACUGGUGGCAAGGCGCCCCGUAAGCAGCUCGCUGCAAAGUCGAAUGCUGCCCGUAAAACCGCCGCGGCCGCUGGAGGUGUGAAGAAGCCUCACCGCUUCCGGCCUGGUACGGUCGCACUCCGUGAAAUCCGUCGGUACCAGAAGUCGACGGAGCUGCUUAUCCGGAAGCUGCCCUUCCAGCGUCUUGUGCGUGAAAUCGCCCAGGACUUCAAGACCGACCUCCGUUUCCAAUCGUCUGCUGUGAUGGCUCUGCAGGAGGCCGCCGAGGCAUACCUUGUCUCGCUGUUUGAGGACACGAACUUGGCUGCCAUCCACGCGAAGCGAGUGACGAUCCAGCCCAAAGACCUUGCUCUCGCCCGGCGAUUGCGUGGCGAGCGUUCAUGAGCGUGUUCUUCUCUAGGUCUAUCUUUAUAUUUUUACUGUACCUCUAGUCAUGUAUAUAUCACCACAACAUCGCAUCCUUCCUGUAUCCUCUCUUGUGCCCUUCGCCCUCGACGUGCCCGGAAGCUAAGCUCAUGAUCCUUCCAUUGGUGGCGACCAAUGCCUUACGAGUCAACUGGAUGACCAUGUGCAAUUACGACUGCCAUCACUGCUGCGGACUCAAUCCGAGACGGAAUGGACGCGCGCAGAACGGAUGCUUGCAGAGCGUCAAUCCAUCUAGCUCCAGACCGCCCGCGCGGACAACGAGAUUGGCCGGCCCGAUGACUCGACCGCACCGGGCGACUGACAAUGUGUAUGGAAGUGCACGCGUCUGCGAGAUUAACAGCGACGGUGUCGGUCGAGAUUGAAAUGCUAUAUCGUGCAUUGACGUCUUAUUUCCCCAUCCCCGUGUGGAGGGCUCAGACGUUGCGACCGGGUCGAAGAUUGCGGCGGCCGUUCUCCAUAAUGAGCGCUAUCAGGCACUGCUUGAGCAAGAUCGCAUGAAUGGGUGUGGAUGUUGGUGAGAUGCGCGUAAAAGAAGCCGUUCUUCAGAGAAGUAUGUACGUGUGCCCAAGGGUGUGAAAAGGAGGACAGUGAAUAACGGACUGGGUUACGGUAAGAGGCAAGCAAUUGUUGUAACUUGUUGGUCAACAACAUCUUGCCAACACUAUUCUCAGAACCUUCGAAUAAUCUCCCGCGUGCUUGCAUUCCGUUAGAGUUGCAACUGCGACUCCGAGAUCAAAUAGGCUUGACCACG